AUGCCCGCAAGCGCCACCCACCUCUCCAAGAUCCACCGGAUCACCACCGCGCCCUCCUCCUCCCCCGCCCCGCCCCCUGACCACUUCCGCCUCUCUUUCGGCAUCUCCUCCUCAACCUUCGAAUGGCUCUCCUCUCUCCUCGACCCCCUCCUCGAUUGCCGCGACCCUUCAAGCCCUUUGCCCCGUCUUCCUCCUCCCACCCGCCUUGCCCCUCGCCCUUUCUCGCCUCUCCUCCGGCUGCCCCCUACUCCGACCUCGCCCACCGCUUCCCGCGUCCCUGAGUCCACCGCCCGCUUCUCCGCUCGCCGUCUCUACCGCGUUCUCUGCACCAACUUCCGCUUCUGGCUCGCCUUUCCUUCUCUUCCCGACCUCAAUCUCGUCUGCUCCGGUUUCCAAUCCCUUCCUCUUGGCCUCCCUGACUGUUGCGGCUCCAUCAUCUCUGCUCGCUUCCUUGUUCACUCUGGCGCCUCUGUUGCUGCCCAGAUUGUCACUGAUUCAAGUUCGAGAAUUCUCAGCAUUGCUGCUGGUUUCAAUGGUGAGAAAUCUGAUUACCAAGUCUUGCAAUGUUCUUCUUUGUAUAAGGAUGUGGUUGCCGGGAGAUUGUUGAGCUCCACUCAGUACUUUGUUGGGGAUGGGAACUAUCCUUUGCUUCCUUGGUUGAUGGUUCCUUAUAAGGAUCCUAUUCGAGGUACUUGUGAGGAAGAUUUCAAUGUUGCUCAUGGCCUUAUGUUUCAGCCUGCUCUCAGGACUGUGGCUAGUUUGAGGAAUUGGGGUGCGCUUGGGUGUUUGGGGGAGGAGGAGGAUUUGAAGAUGGCUGUGGCCUGUAUUGGCACUUGUGCUAUCUUGCACAAUGUUUUGCUGAUGAGGGAGGAUUAUACCGCUCCCUCUGAUGAAAGCAGGGGCUUUUCAGAGGUCCCUGAGCAGCAGGGAGAGGAUUUGAGUUGUGAUUCUGAGAAGAAAGCUUUGGUGCUGCGGAGCAUGUUAUCUAUUAAAGCCAGGAUGUUGUGUAGCUCUAGCAAUUUGGUUAGCAAGUGAGACAUUUUGGAGAGAUGGUGCAGUUUUGAAAUCGGUGCGUGCUAAUUUCUUCUGGUUUUUUCUUCUUCUCAAAGUAUGCGUGAGUUUUGUUAGCCAUUGCUCAUUUUAGGUCAUUCAUAAGAUUGUUUGUUAGUUAACAGGUUGGUAAAUUUAUUUCAUUCUUGUUCUGUUAUUAUGAUGGAUUUCUUUCUUUCAUGCUCUUGUUCAUGUGAUUAUUUGUUUACCUGUGAUUUGA